CUGGUCAGUCUCUCCUUGUUGAGCGCGGGCGGCACAUUGGUUAACAACAGCCUGUGGAAGAAGAAAUUAUGACAACCAUUUUCACAAGGAUGGGAACUGUUUUUCCGUAGAAAAACCUAGAAUUUACAUCAAAACGUGGAUCAGCGGGGCAAACAACCGUCAAACACCGAACUCCUGAGACAUUGAUUGUGUAGGAGCGUCGCCUUGAAAGCAUCAAUCUCUCCAGGCGUUCGGCACCAAUACAUCUGCCAGCUAUAGGACAGUUACACGAAACAAACGGCUUGGGUUACUUUUAUAAGCAGUGAGCAACUAAUAUCAAUGUAGCAAAUGGGUAUGGUGUGGACUGAUAGAGGCUGUUAGAUUUGAUGGGACUUGGUCCAAAAGUGCAACUGUUCAAUUGCGCCGGCUGGAACUGGGGCAGUGACUGUGCCCAGUAGGCUACACAUGGAUUUGUCAAUAGAAAGACGACCAACCAACGCAUCAUUUUGUUGUGGUGGAGAAAUUGUUCCACAUUGUAGCUAAAAUUGAUUAUUUUAUUUCAACGAUAAAAAACGACCAACAUUUAUGAGCAUUCAGGCGAGGUAUUUAAACUGGAUCCAAGUGCGUCUAACUCGGGGAUCCUGUCGACUACGGAUUUGAUUAAUCGCUUUCAAAGACAACCCACUGCUCUCCUAAAAGGGACAAGAUGCCGUUCCACCAUGUGACGGCAGGGCUGCUGUACAAGGGGAACUACCUGAAUCACUCUCUGUCUGAGGACAACGACAGUGACCAGCUGGCCAGCAUCUCUGUGGAGGAGCUAGACGAGAUCCGGGAGGCAUUCAGAGUGCUGGACAGGGAUGGGAACGGGUUCAUCUCCAAGCAGGAGCUGGGCAUGGCCAUGAGGUCGCUGGGAUACAUGCCCAGUGAGGUGGAGCUGGCCAUCAUCAUGCAGAGACUAGACAUGGAUGGAGACGGGCAGGUGGACUUCGAUGAGUUCAUGACGAUCCUGGGACCCAAGCUCUUGUUGUCUGAAACCAGGGAGGGCUUCCUGGGGAGCACGAUAGACAGUAUAUUCUGGCAGUUUGACAUGCAGCAUAUCACUCUUGAGGAGCUGAAACACAUCCUGUUCCACGCCUUCAGAGACCACCUGACCAUGAAGGACAUAGAGAACAUCAUCAUCAACGAGGAGGAGAGCCUCAACGAGAACUCGGGACACUGUCAGGCAGACUUUGAAGGAAUCCAUUCUAAAAAUAAGAACCGGCAGACGUGCGUGAGGAAGAGUCUGAUCUGCGCCUUCGCCAUGGCCUUCAUCAUCAGCGUCAUGCUCAUCGCGGCCAAUCAGAUGCUGCGGAACGGCCUGGAGUAGCCACACCCGGCCACACCCACUGUGAGCGGGAAAAACAAACCUGCAUGUGCAUGAUGACAGUGGGUGAGGUAAUUUCCUGUUUCUUUAGAAAAAAAGAAAAAAAAACUUCAACAAUGCCUCACUGAUGGUGACAUAAAAACGAAAAACACUGACUGAUAAACCACCAGAUUUGUAUGAUUUUUCUGAGUGGAUGACAGUCCGAUGUCCAACGACACUGAGAAGCCAGCAUGAGGAGUCCAGCGAGACCCCUCAUAACUCCUUUACUCUGGCAGGGACAUUCAAGGGCUGACUUUUGCUUACUCUGCUGUCACUGUUCCCUAAUGCAAUAAAAACACAAGUACAGGAGUUCAGUACUCUUCUUCUCUUCUCUUCUCUUCUCUUCCCUACCCAGUCUUCAUAUGAAGGUAUUUUAGAAGACAAUUUUAACUUCUUGCCUCAGAAGGCAGAAUCAUGGUGGAUUGAGACAGGCCCUCAGUGUAUCUGUAUAAGGCAGCAUCCUUGUGGAUUGAGACAUACCCUCAAUUGUAUCUGUGUGAGAGAGAUUGGAGCUGUGCCUCCUGCACUGCAGAGAGCUUGAUGAGCUACGGGGCGCACCGCUGCAGUCUGGCUACGCACACACACACACACACACACACACACACACACACACACACACACACACACACACACACACACACACACACACACAUAUACACACACACAUACACACACACACAAACAAACAAACAAACAAACACACACUGAAAUAAUUGGCCUGUUAUUCUAGUUUCCUGAGGGGAGGUGGAACCCAGCUCACCACUGGAGCAUUUAGUAAGGCUUGGGAUGCUUCAGGCAUGAUGGUGCCAUCUGCUGUAGGGCUGGUGUUUAAGCUGUUCUAGAAGCUUUCAUCCAGAGUUCAGGAGUGAAAUCAGUGGGUAUUCCUGUGCCCAAUAUUUCCCUAUAUGUAAAAUGGAAAAAUGUGUCACUGUUACUUUCUCUGUGUACAUUGCCAGUGCUAAACAGAACAGUGUUUGAAAGACCAUAGCUGUGAAAAGUAUGGGCUGUACUGUACCUAUGAUCUAAUUCCUCUUGAGGUAGGUAGGUCUGAACUCCUGUAUUGUAUUGACUCUCAUGGUAAUAUUUAAACCACCUUCAGUUUUGCUGAGGACUGCUUGUAACACCUACAGUACUGCAUGCGAUCAAGUCAACGUUGAUAUGUAAAUAUGUAUGUAACCCAUGUUGUUGUUGUCUAAGUGUAUUGGGUGACGGUGUUCUACUCUGUAUGUGCAUGAUUGUUGGUACAGUCUGCUUUAGCAGAUUUAGAGGUGGAGGGAAGGAGAGAGCACUGUGAAACCAGAAGCUGCUGCCUUCCACAUCACAAUACACAGGCAGGUAGACAGACAGAGACACAGCUCUCUCUCUCUCUAUGUUCCCCUCACCCUCUGGCCAAAGCCAUAGAACUCAAUAGAGAUGUACUGAUUGAAGAACACUAAAUGGUUGUUGUUUUCUGUUACAAAUGUGAAUUUUUGGUAGGAACAGUCCAUCAUUUGUGUAUGUUGUUGGGUUCCUUCACCCUGCCUUUUGCACUGUAUAAUAAUUUCCAUCUAUCCCAAUGAGCAGAACGGAGAGAAGAAUCACAGACUGGUAAAAGAGCCCCAUCUAGAGCUUGGCUCCAGAAUUCUGAUAUUCUUUGCAACACAAUUCAUGUGCUCUCCUAGCUCUAGUCCAGGGCAAAUAAUCCAUCCCUUGUAUUCAGAUGUCUAAUCAUCAGAACAUGAAAUGUUGGAAUAUAAUAUUAUGAUUCUUAUCUAUCUUAUCUGUAUAGAAGGUUUUAUGAAAUGAUGAAUGUUCUACCUAAAUAAUUGUUGGUUCGAUUAACUGCACUGUUUGUGGAACAUACAUAGUAGUCUAUUUAUUGGAAUUCUAUGUCUUGCCCAUGGCAGAAAAUCUCCUUUCUAAUCACCUUGAAGAGGCUUGCAUUAAAGUAUGAUCAAUGAACGUCCCCAUUAAUUUUAACAUAAUGUUUGGAUGGAUGGCUCCUCUGUUAAGUUUUCAUAUUUGUUUUAUGAUGUCAAAGUAAAAGCACUGAUUUGUGUGCAAUAUCAUCUUGCAAAUACAGUAGGCUACACUGGAUUUAAUAUUGUUGAGACCACCAAUUUAAGCCUAAUAGGUGGCAAAUUCUCACCUCAUUCAUUAUCUAAUGUACUCUGUCAAAGUGGAGUUUGUUCCUUAUUUAGCUGUUUUGUGCCAUCACCCUUGUCUGCUUCAUUAAUGGCACCCUAAUACAUAUGUAGUGCACUACUAUUGACCAGGGCCCAUGGGGCUCUGGUCAAAGUAGUGCACUAUAGAGGGAAUAGUGUGUCAUUUGGGACACAGCCCACCCUAAUCCCACGAUACACUGUAAUACCAGGGUAUAGUCAGAGCCUUAUGUUUAUGAAUAAAUAAAUACAUGUUAGCCCACAUAAAAGGCUCUGGCCUGGGUAUACUAUACAGUUACAGGGGGUGGAGCUGUACCUACCCUCACAGAAUCAGUGCAUGUCUUGAUCAUUAAAACUGAUGGUGAAUUAGGCUGGAAAACUAACACAGUCUCACUUCAGUAGCAUGGUGGUUGAAUUGCACAUAUAUGUGCUGUAUGGACACUGUACAUAAAAUACAUAUAUAUACAGUACAUACACGUACACAUGUAAACUGUGCAUGCACACCAUUAAAACAUGUAGGGGCAGUUUCCCGGACACAGAUUAAGCCUUGUGCUGGACUAAAAAGCAAGAUCAAUGGAAAAUCUCAAUUGAAAGUGCUUUUUAGUCCAGAUUUAAGUUGUAAUAUUAAGAAUAGCCUGAAUAUUGUCUCUGUAAAUAUUAAAAUCUGUACAAAAGUAAAUGGAAAGCAUUUAUGCAAUAAAACAUCUCCUUUUUGGUAAA